AUGAAUCAUCCUCCACUCUUCAGUAAUGAACCUGGACCCUCAAACACAGAAGGCCAGGACCACAGACUGAGCGCAGAGUCUCCAGAGUUCAGCUGUGUGUCUCUGAAGAGUGACUGGUCCAUGAAUCAUCCUCCACUCUUCAGUAAGGGACCUGGACCCUCAAACACAGAAAGUAGAACCCUCCUCAACAGGAUCUACACUGAGCUCUACAUCACAGAGGGACAGAGUGAAGAGGUUAAUACUCAACAUGAGGUGAGGCAGCUUGAGAAUGCUUCCAAGAUGAAGAUCCUCCACGACACUCCCAUCAAGUGCCACGACAUCUUUAAAGCCUUCACUGACCAGCAGAGCAGUAUCAGAGUCGUCCUGACCAACGGCGUCGCUGGCGUUGGAAAAACCUUCUCGGUGCAGAAGUUCACUCUGGACUGGGCAGAGGGUUUAGAAAACCAAGAUGUGGGUCUGCUGACUGUGCUUUCGUUCAGGGAGCUGAACCUGGUGAAGGACCAGCAGCACAGUCUCCUCACGCUGCUCCGUGUUUUCCAUCCAGCGUUACAGAAGCUCACGGCAGAGACGCUCGCUGUCUGUAAACCUUUGUUCAUCUUUGACGGCCUGGAUGAAAGCAGACUUUCUCUGGACUUCAACCACAGGGAGCUUGUGUCUGAGGUCACACAGAGGUCAUCAGUCAACGUGCUGCUGACAAACCUCAUCCGGGGGAAUCUGCUUCCCUCGGCUCUCGUCUGGAUAACCUCCAGACCUGCGGCGACCAAUCAGAUCCCUCCUGCAUGUGUUGACAGGGUCACAGAAGUACGAGGCUUCACUGACACCCAGAAGGAGGAGUACUUCAGGAGGAGAUUCAGUGAUGAAGAGCUGUGCAGCAGAAUCAUCUCACACAUCAAGACGUCCAGGAGCCUCCACAUCAUGUGUCAAAUCCCAGUCUUCUGCUGGAUCAUUGCUACAGUUCUGGAGCACAUGUUGACCACAGACCAAGGAAGAGAGCUGCCCAAGACCCUGACUGACCUGUACUCACACUUCCUGCUGGUUCAGACAAAGAGGAAGAACAACAAGUAUGGUGAGGGACAUGAGACGACUCCACAGCAGCUGACAGAGGCUGACAGGGACGUUCUACUGAAGCUGGGGAGGCUGGCACUUAAACAUCUGGAGGAAGGAAACAUCAUGUUCUACCAAGAAGACCUGGAGUGGUGUGGUCUUAAUGUCACAGAGGCCUUGGUGUACUCAGGAGUUUGUACUGAGAUCUUCAGAAGAGAGUGUGUGAUCUUCCAGAAAUCAGUCUACUGCUUUGUUCAUCUGAGCGUUCAGGAGUUUCUGGCUGCAGUCUACAUGUUCCACUGUUACACCAAGAGGAACACAGAAGAAGUCAACCUCUUCUUGGGAACAUAUGGGAACACACACAGUACCUUCUCCCUGGAUGACAUCCUGAAGAGAACCAUGGAGAAAUCCCUCUCCAGUAAAAAUGGUCAUCUGGACCUGUUUGUUCGCUUCCUUCACGGCCUCAGUCUGGAGUCCAACCAGAGAGUCUUAGAAGGUCUGCUGGGUCAGACAGGGAACAAUCCAAAGAUCAUCCAGAGAAGAGUCAUCAACAACCUGAAGGAGAUGCAGAGUGAUGACAUUUCUCCUGACAGAAGCAUCAACAUCUUCCACUGUCUGACUGAGAUGAACGACCACUCAGUUCAUCAGCAGAUGCAACAGUUCCUGACGUCAAAGGACAGAUCGAAGGAGACACUCUCUGAGAUCCACUGCUCAGCUCUGGCCUACAUGCUGCAGAUGUCAGAGGAGGUUCUGGAUGAGUUGGACCUGGAGAAGUUCAACACAUCAGACCAGGGUCGAUGGAGACUGAUCCCAGCUGUGAGGAACUGCAGGAAGGCUCGACUCGGUGGUUGUGACCUCUCAGAGACUCACUGGGAAGUCAUGGCCUCAGCUCUGAAGUCAGACCCCUCACAUCUGACAGAACUGGAUCUGAGUGACAACAACCUGAAGGAUUCAGGAGUGAAGCUGCUGUGUUCUGGACUGGAGAGUCCAAACUGUCGACUGGAGACGCUGAGGUUGAAGAGCUGCAGUCUGAAAGAGAUCAGCUGUUCUUCUCUGGCUUCAGCUCUGAGGUCAAACUCCUCUCAUCUGAGAGAACUGGAUCUGAGCUACAACAACCUGCUGGAUUCAGGAGUGAAGGAGCUGUGUGGAUUUCUACAGAGUCCAACCUGUCGACUGGAGACUCUGAGAUUGGAGGACUGCAGUCUGUCAGAGAUCAGCUGUUCUUCUCUGGCUUCAGCUCUGAGGUCAAACCCCUCUCAUCUGAGAGAACUGGAUCUGAGAGGAAACUACAACCUGCAGGACUCAGCAAUGAAGGAGCUGUGUGGUUUUCUACAGAGUCCAACCUGUCGACUGGAGACUCUGAGUUUGGAGAGCUGCAUUCUGUCAGAGAUCAGCUGUUCUUCUCUGGCUUCAGCUCUGAGGUCGAACCCCUCUCAUCUGAGAGAACUUGAUUUGAGCUACAACGAACUGCUGGACUCAGGAAUGAAGGAGCUGUGUGGUUUUCUACAGAGUUCAACCUGUCGACUGGAGACUCUGAGGUUGUGGGGCUGCAGUCUGUCAAAGAUCAGCUGUUCUUCUCUGGCCUCAGCUCUGAGGUCAAACCCCUCUCAUCUUAGAGAACUGGAUCUGAGCUACAACAACCUGCCAGACUCAGGAGUGAAGGAGCUGUGUGGUUUUCUAAAAUGUCCAACCUGUCGACUGGAGACUCUGAGGUUGUGGGGCUGCAGACUGUCAGAGAUCAGCUGUUCUUCUCUGGCUUCAGCUCUGAGGUCAAACCCCUCUCAUCUGAGAGAACUGGAUUUGAGCUACAACAACCUGACGGACUCAGGAGUGAAGGCGCUGUGUGGUUUUCUAAAGAGUCCAACCUGUCAACUAGAGAUUCUUAGGUGGGAGGACUGCACGCUGUCAGAGAUCAGCUGUUCUUCUCUGGCUUCAGCCCUGAGGUCAAACCCCUCUCAUCUGAGAGAACUGGAUCUGACUCUAAAUGACCUGCAGGACUCAGGAGUAAAGGAGCUGUGUGGUUUUCUACAGAGUCCAACCUGUCGACUGGAGACUCUGAGGUUUGGGGGCUGCAGUCAUUCAGAGAUCAGCUGUUCUUCUCUGGCUUCAGCUCUGAGGUCAAACCCCUCUCAUCUGAGAGAACUGGAUCUGAGCUACAACGACCUGCAGGACUCAGGAGUGAAGAAGCUGUGUGGUUUUCUACAGAGUCCAACCUGUCGACUGGAGACUCUGAGGUUGUGGAACUGCAGACUGUCAGAGAUCAGCUGUUCUUCUCUGGCUUCAGCUCUGAGGUCAAACCCCUCUCAUCUGAGAGAACUGGUUCUGAGCUACAACGACCUGCAGGACUCAGGAGUGAAGGAGCUGUGUGCUUUUCUACAGAGUCCAACCUGUCGACUGGAGACUCUGUGGUUGAAGAGCUGCAGUCUGUCAGAGAUCAGCUGUUCUUCUCUGGCUUCAGCUUUGAGGUCAAACCCCUCUCAUCUGAGAAAACUGGAUCUGAGAGAACUGAAUCUGACUAACAACAACCUGCAGGACUCAGGAGUGAAGGAGCUGUGUGGUUUUCUACAGAGUCCAACGUGUCAACUGGAGACUCUGAGGUUGAAGAGCUGCAGUCUGUCGGAGAUCAGUUGUUCUUCUCUGGCUUCAUCUCUGAGGUCAAACCCCUCUCAUCUGAGAGACCUGGAUCUGGCCUACAACCACAUGCAGGACUCAGGAGUGAAGGAGCUGUGUGGUUUUCUACAGAGUCCAACCUGUCGACUGGAGACUCUGAGGCUGAAGAGCUGCAGACUGUCAGAGAUCAGCUGUUCUUCUAUGGCUUCAGCUCUGAGGUCAAACACCUCUCAUCUGAGAGAACUGGAUCUGAGUAACAACAUCCUGCAGGACUCAGGAGUGAAGGAGCUGUGUGGUUUUCUACAGAGUCCAACCUGUCGACUGGAGACUCUGAGGUUUGAGAGCUGCAGUCUGUCAGAGAUCAGCUGUUCUUCUCUGGCUUCAGCUCUGAGGUCAAACCCCUGUCAUCUGAAAGAAUUGAAUCUGAGUAACAACGACCUGCUGGACUCAGCAGUGAAGGAGCUGUGUGGUUUUCUACCGAGUCCAACCUGUCGACUGGAGACUCUGAGGUUGGAGGGCUGCAGUCUGUCAGAGAUCAGCUGUUCUUCUUUGGCUUCAGCUCUGAGGUCAAACCCCUCUCAUCUGAGAAAACUGGAUCUGAGCUACAACGACCUGCAGGACUCAGGAGUGAAGGAGCUCUGUGGUUUUCUACAGGGUCCAACCUGUCAACUGGAGACUUUACGGUUGGAGUGCUGCAGUCUGUCAGAGAUCAGCUGUUCUUCUCUGGCUUCAGCCCUGAGGUCAAACCCCUCUCAUCUGAGAGAACUUGAUGUGAGACUAAACUACCUGCAGGACUCAGGAGUGAAUGAGCUGCUUGAUCUAAAGCAAAGUUUAGGCUGUCGACUGGAGACUGUGAGAUGGAAGUCUGUGUGAAGAGGACAGUGUGUGUGGACGGAGGCUGAGCUGUGUCCUGAGGAUCCAGAGGCUGAAGCAGCAGCAGCUUGUGUGUAGAGCGGCUCUGACUGGGCCUUGUUGCUGGGAGGCAGAGUGGAGACAGAGCUCCAGAGGAAUCAGAGGAGGUGAACUGCUCUGAGAUCAGCUGUCACACAGUGUCCAGUCCACCGUCCUCCCUGUGUGUUCCUGUGGAUGUGACACAGCAUCAUCAGUGGAUCUGCUGCAGCUCUGUCCUUUGACUCAGUGUCUGCAGACACACUCACGCUCCUCCACCUCCUCCACUCUUUUAUUCACUCACAUAUUCUGAACACAAACACACUCAGCAGAUUAUUUCUGUUCACGACGAUAUAACUGCAGAUCAACCCUUUUCUAAAUUUAUAUUGAGUGAAUUUGCAGCAUCUUUUUCGAUCUCUUCCCUCCGUUCACAAUCUUUACCGCUUGUCCUCUUGAGGGCAGCAGGGGGAGCUGGAGCCGAUCCCAGCUGACAUUGGGUGGGAGGUGUGGUGCGCCUUGGACAGGUCACCAGUCCGUCGCAGGGCCGACAAACAACCAGUCACAAUCACAUUAACACCUACGCUCAAUGUAGAGUCUCCAAUUUACCCAACCCCUAAUCUGCAUGUGUUUGUGAGAUGAAGCUGGAGCACCUGGAGGAAACACGUGGAGAACAUGCAGACUCCACACAGGAAGACCCCAUCUGAACCGGGAUUCAAACCAGCAACCUUCUGGCUGUGAGGCGACAGUGCCAACCACCGCGCAGCCCCAAAGUCUUGCCCCUCACUACGGAUUAUGUUUAUUCAUAAAAAUAAUGUGUUUAUUGAAAAGACACAACACCAACAGAAUAUAUAAACCCUCAGUAAGGAGUCA